GUUAGCCAACCCAAAGCCAAAGGUCAGCAGCCAUGGCAAUAAGCUCGAGUUUCCUGUCGCCAUUUUUACUAAUCCUUGCCCUUUUCCUUCUCCUCUACGUCUCUCCCCUAAACCAAAACCAUCUCCCUCUCCGUCUCUCUCCUUCCACCCCACCGCCACCGCCACCUUCUCCACCACAAACCCAUCUCCAAACCCCGCUGCAACUUACACCCGCACCCUCUCCGGCGAAGGCAGAGAGAUCUCCUCCUCUAGAUGCACCGCCACCCUCAACCACUUCCGCCACAAAACCCAGAAGCGAUUCUCUCAGUCAUUUCCAGAAGAAGAGCAAAACGGAGAGGAUUGAAGAGGGUCUGGCAAGAGCCCGAGCGGCCAUCCGCAACGCGAUUCGCACGCAGAACUUCACUUCUGACAGGGAGGAAACGUACAUCCCCACAGGCUGCGUUUACAGAAAUGCGUUUGCCUUUCAUCAGAGCCACAUAGAGAUGGUGAAGAGAUUCAAGGUGUGGGCCUACAGGGAAGGAGAGAAGCCAUUGGUCCACGGUGGGCCCAUGAGUUACAUCUACUCCAUCGAGGGCCAAUUCAUCGACGAGAUGGAGAGGGGGAAUAGCAUCUUCAUGGCUCGCCAUCCUGAUGAGGCGCAUGCAUUUUUCCUCCCUAUAAGUAUUACCAAGAUCGUUAACUUCUUCUACAGGCUUGACCCCUGGCACUUCCCUUUACUCCCAAUCUUCACAGAUUAUGUCAAUGUCGUCGCAACAAAAUACCCUUACUGGAAUAGAAGCAGUGGAGCAGACCAUUUUAUGCUCUCUUGCCAUGAUUGGGCACCGGAGAUCAUAAAGAAGGACCGUAAGUACUUCAAGAACUUCAUCAGGGUGCUAUGCAAUGCUAACACGUCCGAAGGAUUCAUUCCUACAAGAGACAUUUCACUGCCGGAAUAUAACCUGAAAGGUUAUCCUAAGCACACGCUCGGCCCGCCCCGCCUCGGCCUGCCGCCUAGUAAGCGCACAAUCCUCGCCUUCUUUGCAGGUGCCGCCCACGGAGACAUAAGGAGCAUGUUGUUCGAGCAUUGGAAGAACAAAGACCAGCAAGUCCAAGUAUAUGAGAACCUUCCCAAGAAGAAAAACUACCACAAAUUGAUGGGACAAACCAAAUUUUGCUUGUGCCCAAGUGGGUCGGAAGUGGCAAGCCCCAGGGUGGUUGAGGCAAUGUAUCAAGAAUGUGUGCCGGUGAUCAUUUCUGACUUCUACACAUUACCCUUCAGUGAAGUUCUUGAUUGGAGCAAGUUUGCAGUAUUUAUUCCUCCAAAAAGAAUACCAGAAAUUAAGAUGAUCUUGGAGGGGAUUUCACAGAGGAGAUAUUUGAUGUUGCAAAAGAGGGUGAAACAAGUAGCAAGGCAUUUUGAGCUGAAUCGACCAGCCAAGCCAUUUGAUGUAAUUCACAUGGUGCUUCACUCUGUAUGGCUUAGAAGGCUUAACAUUAAGCUAACACACAAUAUUCUCUGACAACCAAUAUUGUGUAUAGAUUUUCAUAGGUAAAGAAGACAAAACAUAACUAGAUGAAUGAUUUUGUUUUUCUCUAACAUCACUAAGCUAAGAGAAAUGUUAUUUAGUAGGUUAUUAUACGACUGUCGUACAAAUGACAU